AUGUGCCUUUGCCAGCCUGUUCCCUGGUUAAAUAUGCCGAAUGGAAGGAUAUCACUCACUCAGACUUGGGAAUAUCAUGGACUUCGCUUGAUUUGGCCCAAGUUUUCAUUACGAAAAUGCGGUCAUGUACGGUCCUGUGCAGUGGUGCCGUAAUCCUACUCGUUCUGGCAGUUUUCUUCGGCCUUCUGGGCCAUUGUAACAACGACAAUAAAACCAUUAUUGCAUGCGGACUCUUCAUCCUUGGAGGUUUAUCACUCGGCUGUGGCUUAAUCACUUUCGUUUCGGCCCUUUCCGAGACCCUGGCCGAGAUCUACGAGUACCAUAAAGAUGGCCCCAAUGGUCCAGAUUUCAACUACAGAUAUGGCUGGUGCUUCUUCACUGCAGCAACUGCUCUUAUUCUAGCUUAUGUGAGCUCAGCGUUUUCCUUCGUUGGAUACCUGAAUCGAUAUACCUCCACAGAUGACAUGGUUCGCGAAAUGGUUCCCGGCGCCGAGCGCAAACUGAGGGAGCACAAACUAUCCACCGAAUACUUGAUUCGUCACUCCAACCCUCAUUUGUCCGGCCAUCAACAGUACGACCCGAUCAAUGUGGAGCCGCACAUUUCCCUGGAGCAGUACGAGGUAACCGAGUGCGGCCCCCUUCUGAAUAAGACGCCCCCUGAUGUGUGUACGACCAAUCGGUGCCAAGAGUUUGCUGCCGCCGGCACUGAUGUUACCAACGCUGGGGCGUUAGAAAUUAACUUUUCCUCAGCUGGGGCCAGUUGCAACUCUCAUGCACAAUCGCUGGCGGGCCAGACGAUACCAAUCACUAUUAAGAACCACAAUUCGACUACACCGCUGAGCUUUUCCCAUCUGCCCAUGUCCAAGUAUGGAACCAUGCCCCAUCCGGGCGCCACUUUGCACCAGGGGUUCCUCGGCGUGUCCGACAUGGGCAGCUCCAGCUCGAACAGCUCGAGUGGAUAUUGCGGGAAGAGCAAAACGCUGCAGCAUCAACGUGGUCGGGUUCCAGCUACCAAGUGCGUGAAAAUCGAAUCGUUCCAGGUUCCUGAAGCCAACUUCGAGGGAUUCGGUAAACAGAGAACGAACAAUGCGUUGGCUUAUUCGGGCAGUGCGGUAUGACAAGAGGAUGCUCCUGGGGCGGACGUAAUAUUCUAAGUUUGGGUCAUUCGGAAAUGUGAAGUAUCUAUCAUCCGCAUAUGUUGAUUUGCUGCUCGUUUUUUUUCGGGAAAGUGAUUGUUUUCAUCGGGCCUGGUUCAUACAACCCGUUUUACUGGAGCGGAAAGUUUCCUUGUUAGAGCUGCUGGUACCAAGGGCGGAUCCAGAGUGUGAAUAUAUUAAUAGCUCUCUUAUGCCCGGUUUCCGAACUCCAACAUAUCGGUUACAUAAGCUUAUGAGUCUCACAAACUACCAAAAUCACGUCUGUUGGGUUUCUCAACGUCUGUUUAAAGCUUAUCGGUUCCAUAAGUUAUCGAAUAGAUAUCUACUCGAAGAUGGAUGGAUAUCGGCUUCAUAACGUCUGACGCAAGCGUGUAG